AUGCACUGCAUGUACGAAACGCCGGACACUGACCAAACUAAUGAAAUAGAGAUAGACACUUUGGAAACAAAUGAGGAUGUUCAGGUCGAUACGAAUAAUCCAGAGGAAAUUAUACAGCAACGUAUAUUACGAGUAUCGCAAAUUCAAGAAGUUAGGUUUAGGACA